AUGUACAAGUUGUACCAGAGCGAGCUUGACGCGAUCACGCCUGAGCAGGUGAUAUGGGGGCCGUUGGAUAGGAAAAGGCAGCGGAAGAUUAAGGAUUGGGACAAGCAUCACAGAAACCAGCGCCGUCGCCUCCUCUCCGGACCUGGUGCCGCCGAGAAGCCGCCCACCACCGAGGCCAGCAGCUUCCCCGCCGACGACAUGCUCGGCGACUCCGGCGGCAACGGCGGCGGCGGGCCGUGGCCUGUCCGCAACCAGUGGCCGCGGGAGGAGACGCUGGCGCUCAUCAGGAUCCGGUCGGAGAUGGCCGCCGCCUUCCGCGACGCCGCCGUCAGGGGCAAGGUUCCCCUCUGGAUCUGGGAAGAGGUCUCCGGCAAGCUCGCGGAGCUCGGCUACGAGAGGAGGAGCGCCAAGAAGUGCAGGGAGAAGCUCGGGGGCAUGCACAGGUCCUACAAGCGCGCCGAGCAGAGCCGGGCCGGCAGGCAGGACGGCAGGACCUACCGCUUCUCCGAGGCGCUCGACGCGCUGCACGCCGCCACCGCCCGCGCGUGGCUGCAGAAGCACCAGGAGCAGCUGCUGAUGGUCCUCGGCGGCCGCGGCCCCCCGCAGCCGCACGCCGCCUUCUCGGCGCCGCGGCCGAUGAGCGCAAUGCCGCCGCCGCCGCCGCCGCCACCGAGGUUCCCGAUCAUGCCGGCUCCUGUUUCCUGGGCGGCGCCUGCGGCGGCGGUGGAGCUCCCCCAGCCACCUCCCGUCUGUCUGCAAGGCCUGAGCGUCCCGUCCAUGUCCGAGUCUGGGUCCGACGACGACGACGGGCCCGAGGACGGCGAGAUGGCGGCGGCGACCGGCGACGGCCCGGGCGGCCUCGGCAAGCGCAAGCGCGGCGGCGUCAGGAAGAAGAUGAUGGCUUUCGUGGAGGGGCUGAUGAAGCAGGUCGUCGAGAGGCAAGAGGAGAUGCAGCAGCGGUUCCUGGCGGCCAUGGAGAAGAGGGAGGCGGAGCGCGCGGCGCGGGAGGAGGCCUGGCGCCGGCAGGAGGUGGCCCGGCUCAAGCGCGAGCAGGAGCAGCGCGCGCACGAGCGCGCCGCGGCGGCCGCGCGUCACGCCUCCGUCAUCGCCUUCAUCCAGCGCGUCGGCGGGCAGGCCGCGCAGGUCCCGCCCGUCGUCUUCCCUACGCCGAUGCCGACGCCGACGCCGACGCCGAUGCAGUUCCAGACGUCGCUGCCGUCUCAGGCCACACCGGAGCCCAUCGCAGCCGCGCCGCUCCAACGCCACCCACCGCCGCAACCUCGACAGAAGCUGCCGCCGCGACGAGCCACACCACCGCCGCCGCAGCAGCAGCAGGCCAUCCCAGCUGCGCCGCUCCAAUGGCAGCCACCGCCGCCGCGAGCCACGCCGCCGCAGCCCAUCCCAGCCGCGCCGCUCCAAUGGCAGCCGCCGCCGCAACCACCACAGGCACAGCACAAGGAAAUGACGCGGGAAGAGGCGCACUGCCCCCGACUUCAGCCGGCUCAUCAUCACUCGCCCUGGUUACCGCCGCCAUGGAGCAGUGCUUCUCCCAAGUUUGCAGAUCACAGCUUGCAGCAGUCGUAGAAAACAGUGGUUCUUUUUGAGAGCAUGCAACAGCGAGCGAGCGGUGAAGCACGGAAGGCGCGCUGCAACCGGUCAAAUUUCUGCUACCACCAAUUUUCAUGUUCAGGAUUAAAAUCAAAACAAA